GAAAGGUACGCAUUGGAGUAUACAAAGCCGCCACCUCUCGUUCCUCCUCGAUCGUUUCCCGAUACCCCGAUCUCUCUCUCUCUCCUCUCUCCGAUCGUGUCCCCGUUCACUUCUCCGGUCGGAAUCUAGGCGGGAAUAUGUCGGGCAAAGGCGCGAAGGGCCUCAUCAUCGGGCGACCGACGGUGAACAAAGACAAGGACAAGAAGAAGCCCGUCUCCCGCUCUUCUCGAGCUGGCCUCCAGUUUCCAGUUGGCCGUAUCCACCGUCUGCUAAAGUCCAGAAUUGCAGCAAAUGGGAGAGUGGGGGGUACAGCUGCUGUGUACACUGCUGCUAUUUUGGAAUACCUGACCGCGGAGGUAUUGGAGCUGGCUGGAAAUGCAAGCAAGGAUCUGAAAGUGAAGCGUAUUACUCCAAGGCACCUGCAGCUUGCGAUCCGGGGUGAUGAAGAGCUGGAUACCCUCAUCAAGGGAACCAUAGCUGGAGGAGGUGUGAUCCCUCACAUCCACAAAUCUCUCAUCAACAAGUCCUCCAAGGAUUAGUUCGAAUCGCCAAAGCUCCACCUUUUUAUUUUGGAUUGGAUUACUCUUUUUGCUAAUAGCUACCCACAUGAAGUUAUAGAAUCAUGCUAAAAGCCCAGGGUUGUUCAGUUUCUUGGGACUUUGCUUAUAUUUUACCGACCCCCUUGGCCUGAAGGUAACUUUGGAGCUCUAAUGCCUGGAGGACUAUAUUUUGCUGCGCUUUGCUGGUCCCAUCAUGUUGGCUUUUGUGUAGUUAUAAAAUUGACUGCUGACUUAAUAACUGGGUUUGUGAGUGCCAAGAUUUUAACUUGGCAUGAUCCAAUAGCUUCAAAAUCUGUACAGCUUCGAUGCUGUCUUCAGGAAGGCUGCUUCAUAUGAUCAAUCUCGAGGGCUAAAAGCAGAAACUCCUACUUCCCAUGUAUGACUGCUUGGCUAUCCCUCAAUAUUGUUUGAGCUGUAAUACUGAAUAGAAAAACAACAACACAAAAGGGACCAGAUCAUGACAUUGUCAUAAAGAAAAUGCGUUGUCAUGGUACCUAGUUUUUCAUAUAAAUGACUUGUCAUGGACCUCAUAUUGUCGGGAUAAAAAGCUCAAUCAUCAACAAGAAAACAUUUAGAACUGUCUGCUGAUAAAGAACUUCUAAGCAAUUAGAGAGCUUGCUCGGAGCGUCUAGUUUUUACCAAGCAUAGAAACUGUAGACCAAAUAGAUGAGAUUUAAGCAGAGUCAAUGGUUUAAGUUGCAUAAACUAAACCACAUGAUAACACACAACAAUUCAUCCCUGACCUCUUCCUAGUCUAGCAAUCCAGCCCAUCCUUCCUUCGAACCAAUGAUCAGACCUCUACAUGACUACACCAAGAAAGCUAGAAAAAAAAACACCUUUCCUAACAAAUUCUCCACCCACCC